UAGGACUAAAAAAACAAAUCUCCAUUCUCAUUCUUCACCUAUAAAACCAUUUUUAGACACCAAAGUUCAUCAAAUUCACAAACUCAAAACACAAACAUAUAAAAACAAAUGGCAUCACGCUAUGAAGCUGAAGUGAACCUUUCAUCAGCUCAUGGACUCAAAAACGUGAACUGGCGUAACGGCUCAAACAAACCAUACGCCGUCGUAUGGAUAGAUCCAAAGAACAAAUUCUCAACCAAAGUAGAUGAAAACGGCGACACAGAAGCUAAUUGGGAUCAAACUCUCAUCAUCCCUUUACCACCACAACCAAUUGAAGAUCUUAGUCUUUACAUCGACAUCGUUCACGCCGGCUCAGAGCCAGAUACCAAGCCACUCAUUGGCUCGGCUAAACUCAAAUUAGUCGAAAUUCUCGACGAUGUUGGGAUCGGCGAGCGCACUAGCCGAUCCCUCAAGCUCAAAAGACCGUCAGGAAGACCACAAGGUAAAGUUGAUGUUAAGGUAACAAUUAGAGAGCCCGGCUACCGUGCGCCAGCGCCAGGUGCUUAUUAUGCUCCACCUUAUGGUGUUCCUCCACCUCAGGCGUCAUCGAGGGAUUAUAAUUAUAAUUAUAAUUCCUCUGCGCCUGUGUAUGGAGACCUCUACGGUGCACCGCAGCAGAAUUAUGGUUAUUCUGCUGCGCCACCUGGAGGGUAUCCUUAUAAUGCAGGGCCUCAAACAGCAGGGUAUGGAUCCGGGUACGGGUCGCAAACUACAUCGUAUGGACAAGGGAGUAGUUAUGGGUAUGGACAAGUGGAGGAAAAGAAGAAAAGUAAGUUUGGUGGGAUGGGGACAGGAUUGGCUGUGGGUGCUGUUGCUGGGGUGUUAGGUGGAGUUGCGCUUGUGGAAGGUGCUGAGUAUCUUGAAGAUAAGAUUGCUGAUGAUGCUGCAGAUAAAGUUGAAGAUGAUCUUGGCUAUGAUGAUGGUGGUUAUGAUGGGGAUGAUUUCUAGUGGAUGAAAAUUUUAGAGAUCAGUGUUUUUCUGCCAAGGCAAUAAAGGAAAAGGAAAAGAAAAAAAGAGCUUAUACAUAAGAUAAUUGAUUAAUUGUGUUCAAGAUUUGGAUAUGUUGUUCGCAUUUUAGUUUUGUUGGAUUUUCUAUCAUUUUUACAAUGUUAUCCAUAUUUUCUAUGUUUAUUUUUAAGCAAAAACUUGGUCAAUCAAUUGCGCUA